AUGUUGGUUAACCUCACCGUUCUCACAUUCGCGGCAGUUGCAUUCGCUCUGGCAUGGCUGGCAACCAGACUGGCAAAUCGUAAGAAACUCGGGCUUCCUCCUGGACCACCACGGCUGCCUGUGAUUGGCAACCUCCACCAAGCACCACAGGAAUAUCCCUGGCGCACGUACCAAGAAUGGGGGAGGCAGUACGGCCCAGUCUUCAGCCUACAAUACGGCCUAAACACUAUCAUCAUGCUGAGUAACCAUGAAACGGCUCAUGAUCUCCUCGACAAACGUAGCAACAUCUACAGCUCGCGCCCUCGCAGUGUGAUGGGCGGAGAAUGCGUCAGCAAAGGUCUCCGAACACUUCUUAUGCCGUAUGGCCAACGCUGGCGCAACCACCAGCGCCUACAAGCUUCAUACCUCAACGUCCGAGUUUCCCAGAGCUAUCGCGUCCUUCAGGAUCUCGAAAGCAAGCAACUCAUCUUUGAACUCCUCAACUCUGACGCAGACUUCUCGGACCGCUUCCACCGGUACUCGUCGAGUCUAAUCUUUGCGCUGGCGUAUGGUCGACGCCUGGUGCGAGGUGACGAGGCCGAGGUCAUAGCCGUCGACAAGGUCAUGGAGAACUUCCUCAUCGCGGCACGAGUGGGGACUUGGAUCGUCGAUGCGCUCCCCGCGCUCAACCACCUCCCCAAGUUCCUCGCCCCGUGGAAGAGAUUAGGCGAUAGUCAACACGAGUUUGAGGCCAGGUUGCAAAUGGACAACUUGGAGCAAGGCCAGCGAGCGAGGUCCUGGAAUUGGUCGAAACUUGUCGCAGGCAUGAAGGAAGGACGACUGAUGUCGCCGAAGGAACUUGCGUACGAUGUCGGAAUCAUAUACGAGGCCGGUAGUGACACGACAACCAUGGCCUUGGAGGUCUUUACGCUCGCGAUGCUGCUAUAUCCUGAGGUGAUGGAGAAAGGACAAGCCGAGGUGGAUGCACUUUGCGGUGACGAUCUCAUGCCCUCUUUCGAGGACAAGGAGCGGCUACCGUACGUCGACGCCAUCCUCAAGGAGGUUUUGCGCUGGCGGCCUGUGUCUGCCGGAGGUAUCCCGCAUGCCGUCACCCAGGAUGACGAAUACAUGGGCUACCGUAUCCCGGCGGGUGCCACGGUGAUUGGGAAUCAUUGGGCCAUCCACCUCGACGAGGACGUGUACGAUGAUCCCCUCGAGUUCAAGCCGGAUCGAUGGAUCGAGAAUCCCGAUCUGCCCUUGGCGCCAUUCGGGUUUGGAAGGAGGAUCUGUACGGGACAGCACAUUGCGAAGAACAGUCUCUUCAUCAACAUCGCGAGGAUGCUGUGGGCGUUUGACAUCGGCCACAAGUACAGGGUGGUCAACGGCAGGAAGCAGAGAAUCGAGGUCGACCCUUAUGCGUUCACUCAGGGCUUCAAUUCGAGACCGCAAAAGUUCGAGGCCAGCUUUCAAGUGAGGAGCUCCAAAAGGGCGGAUGUGGUGAAGCAGGUUUGGCAAGAGACGGAAAAGAACACGGACAUGGUCAUGGAACAGAUCCAAGCGGAGAGUCAGAAGAAGUCGUAA